GCAACACAACACAAGCAUACACACAGUAAACAAAUUUGGAGGUUAAUAAAAUACGAUUUUAUAAAAAAUAAUGGACGACGACGACGAUGAUUUAUCUAACAAAAGGUUAAGCGAGUUAACUGUUCAGGAAACACAAGAGGUUUUUAAAGAACAAAGUCAUGAAUCUAUUUUGCCUCAAACAUAUCAAAUAAAACCAAGUUUGGAGGAAAAAUUUAAGGAGGUGCCCGUAAAAGAAAUCAUUCGCAAUAUACUAACUGAAACUCUGGGCGGGAAAACGUAUGAAGCUGAAAAAGUAAAGAAAUUGACUAUCUCGAUUGCCAAUGAUGUCAAUACAAAAAUUAAAGAAUUGCAAAUGAAAAGAUACAGGCACAUAGUACAAGUUAUUAUAGGAGAGAUGAAAGGAGCAGGUGUAAAAUCUGGUGUGAGAUGUAUUUGGGAUUCAGAGUGUGAUGGCUAUACAAGUGAAAUAUUUAUGAACGAUUACCUAUUUUGUGUGACAACAGUGUUUGCAGUAUAUUUCUACUAGGCUUAACUAGUUUAUUGUUUUACUAUUGGUGUUUUUUAAUAAAAAUGGAC